AUGGAUUCGGUCCAGUCGUCAUCAGAGGGCCUGAGGAGCUUCGUGUCUGGCGCGUGGCUGCGGCCGGCCGCCGAGCCCGCGCGGUUCCCCUCCCCGCAGCAGCAGCAGCAGCAGCAGGGCGGCGGCGGCGCGAACGGCGGCGGCGGCGGCGGGACCCCGACGCACAGGCAGUCGGUGUCGUUUUCGGCAUCGCUGGACCCCUCAGGGUUCACCUUGAUAGAGGACUACGCCCAAGCCGGCGCCGCCGGCCCCCCUGCCGCCGCCGCCUCCCCUGGCGCCGCUGCCGCCCCCACUGCACCCUCCCCGGCCGCCGCCCCGCGCGCCGCGCCGCCGCGGCCGGCCGGCGCCGGGCCCGGGACCCCGCCGCGCAGCGCCUCCCCCUCCAAGUCCCCCGGCGGCGCCGCCGCCACCGCUGCGAACACCAAUGGUGGCGGCGGCGGCGCGCUGGCCGCGUCGCUGCCCGCGGGGGUCGGCUUGGACUGGCUGCGCGGCUCCCCGCUGGGCGGCGGCAUCAACGCGCUGGGCACGCUUGGCACGCUGGGCGCGGGGCUGGUCAACGCGAGCAGCGGCAUGUUUGCGGUGCCAGGGCCGGAGCCCGACACUGUGGACGACGGCGACGAGCCCGCUGACGAGGCGUUCUCGGAGGUGUAUGAGCACGAGCGCGUGCAGCCGUUCCGCGGCUGGGGCCACUCCUGGCCGGGCCACUUCCUGCCCAGCGACCGCGUCGGCCACUGGGGGGACCGCUGGGGGCGCCCCGGCGGGCCCAUGAGCAUGCUCUUCGAGAGCGUGGUGCCGCGGCUGCCCGCCGGCUGGGAGUGGGCCGAGGACGAGUGGCAUGUGGACAUGACGGGGGCCGAGGAGGACGGGGUGGACGCGGAGGGUUGGAGCUAUUCGGUCGAUUUCAGCUACUUUACGUGGCCGCCGCAGCCCGGCCAGGGCAAGGCCACCAUGAAGACGUGGGUGCGGCGCCGCCGCUGGGUACGCGCGCGCAUCAGGGUGCAGGGCGCCGCCGGCGAGCCCGCGCAGGAAGCCGCCGCGGAGGCCGCCGGCCCGGCGGGCGACGCGGAGCGGCAGCAGCCGCAGCCGCAGCCGCUGCAGCGCUCGAGCGCGCCGGGCGACAUGGAGUCGAGCGCAUCGGCCGGGGAGGGCGGCGGCGGCGGCGGCGGCGGCGGUAGCGCUCCGGCGUCCCCGCGCGCGGCUGCGGCGCGGGCUCUGGGCAGCGUGGAGGGCGGGCUCGGAGGCGGUCGGCGGGAGUCGCGGGGCCUCGCGUCAAAGAGCGUGCCGCUACAGAGCGUCGGGCGCUACCUCGACAGCAGCGAUGAUGAGGACGCUGUUGAGCAUGCUGACGAGGAUGCUGACGAGGAUGGCGCCCGCGGCGGGGCGGAGGGCGCUGGCGGGGGUGUUGGUGGCGCCGCUGUCGGGGCUACCUGA